AGUAACGCGUUUACAACAAUUUUUUUAGACUUUUUUUGGUGCUGGCAAUUGAGCGACUUCAAAAUGAGCAACUCUAUAUUUUAUUCGUUGUUAUUGGCAUUGUUUGUGUUUGAAUUACAAUCGAUUGGAGCUAUACCGCCUUAUUUGGACAGCGGUGAAAAUGUUGUUGAAGACACGACGUUAGUUUUUAACAAUAAUAUUGAUAACGCGGAUGACCAUCAUUCUAUCAGCGCUGAUCAAGAUCUUCUUAAUAAAAGCAUAAACGUCGAGAGCCAUGUUGAUGAGUCAUCGUCAUGUAGCGGCAUAUCUUUGGAUUUUUCGAACAUGAAUAUUGGAUACGCAGUACGCAAUUACUUUAUCAAUGGUUCGUAUGUACAAAAUUUGUCACUAGCGCACAAUAAAAUUGAAGAAUUUGACAAUGGAGCUUUCGACGGUCUAUCAAACUUGAAAUACUUGGAUUUGUCAUACAAUAAGUUGAGUCCGACGAAAAUGUUAUCUUUCGGUGGUCACGCAACCCUAGAGACACUCAUUUUCGAUUACAACGAACCAGUUCAACAGCUAGAAUGGUAUUACGAAUAUGGUUACAACCGUCAGCGAAUGAUUAAUGUGACCCUUCCGAUCAGCAUACCAACAAGUAACAUAUAUCCGAAACUUAAAAAUCUCUCAUUGCGCGGAACAAGUAUUAUUCCCUCGUUUGACAAUUGGGAUCAAAGUUUUCCAUCUUUAGAAAAACUUGAUUUAUCUUAUGUAAAUUUAGAAAGCGUUACCAAUUCUGAGUUUUCUCAGAGUUUUCCAAGUUCUGUUAAAAUUUUGAUCUUACAAAGUACAAGUUUACAAACAGCGAUAUUCGAUAAUUUAUCAAACCUCGAAGAAUUGGAUGUUACUGGUAAUUCCUUUGAAAAUGGUUUAGGCUUUUUAAAUUGUCCUAACUUGAAAAAAUUAAAUUUAUUUAAUACUAGAAUUGAUAACGUGCCAUCAGAUUUAAAUGAUCAGUGUCAAAAUAUUGAAGAGCUAAACAUGGGAGAAAAUCGCAUUGAAGAUAUUGAUAGUAGUGCAUUUGAGAACUUGAAUAAAUUAAAAGUAUUAGAUUUGAGUAAUAAUCCUCUAAAGAAAAUCGAUUUCAUUGCGUCAUUAUCGCAGCUCAAUACUUUGAUACUGGAUGAUAUGCAGAAUUCAAAAAUAAUUGAAUUUCUGAAUACUCAUAGUUCUUCAACGCAUGAACUAAAUUUAAAAUAUUUAUCAUUGAAAAAUAACAAUUUAACAAAUCUUCCCGAAAAUUUUAUAAAUUCCUUGAAAUUACUGGAAGAAAUUGACUUGAGCGGUAAUAAUCUGGCUUCUGUGACCAAGCUUCCAACUACACUUAAAACGCUAAAUCUUCAAAAUAAUAAUAUAAAUUAUCUUGACGAAGAUUUAUUACGCAGUUUAAGUAAUUUAAAAGAAAUAAAAGUGGGUAACAAUCCUAUCAAACAGCUUGAAAUUGAAUUAAUAUCCAAUUUACCAAAAUCAUGUAUUUUGAACUGGGAAUAAUUGUACUUAGAAUUUAAGUAUCUAAUAAGUUUGUAACAAGUGCAUAAACUUUUAAUGUUGACAUGUAUCUUAUUCAGUUUAUAAUAUUUAUAUUAAACAUGUAAUCAAAGCAAA